CCAGUAGAGACUCUUCCUGUUAGAGUACACAUCAGGUUAGCGUGUUAGCGGUUUCUCUGAAGGUCGUCUGACUAACUUUGAUCCAUCAUGUCUCUGCCAAAGCCAGUGAUGAGGGGACUGUUGGCGAAGCGCCUGAGGUUCCAUCUGCCCAUUGCUUUUACGCUCGCCAUAACAGCAGCAAUUGCGUUCAAGUUUACAGUGACUGAGCCCAGGAAAAAGGCAUAUGCUGAUUUCUACAAGCAAUAUGACGCAGUCAAAGAGUUCAACGCCAUGAGGGAAGCUGGCAUCUUUGAGAGUGUGCGGCCUUCUGGAGAGUAAAGCUUCUCUCCCCCGUCCUGUCAUUCAUUCCUGGUCUGAAGAUGGUUUCCCUUUGAUGCUUACUGAUCACAUGUGAACAUCUCUCUGCUGUUUGUUCCUCCAAAUAAAAUAUUCUAUUAAUGUAA